AUGAUUCCAAUAAUUAUCGCUUUGUUAAUUUUAUUAUUUUACUAUAUCUUCACAAGAAAUUAUAAUUACUGGAAAAGGAGAAACGUGGUACAUGAUACACCACUACCCAUAUUUGGAAAUCAUUUUCAAAAUGCUGCUGGAUUGAAAAGUUUGACAAACGUUCUGACCGAGCUGUAUUACAAGUAUCCUGAUGAAAAAAUUGUUGGCUACUUCAAAGGCAGUCAACCUGCACUCGUCGUCCGUGAUUUAGACAUCAUACGAGAUAUUCUCAACGUGGAUUUUACCAAUUUUCACGCUCGAGGCGCAGCAUUGAACCCUGAAACUGAACCGCUUUUGAAAAAUUUGUUCCACGUCGAUGGUGAUAUUUGGAAAUUGCUUCGUAAACGACUCACUCCUGCAUUUACGGGUACAAGAUUAAAGAACAUGUUCCCCUUAAUAAGUCAAUGUGCAGAAAAGUUGCAAGCGCUUAUAGAAGAUAAAGCUAAGCGUGGAGAAGAUUGUGAUGUACGUAACCUAAUGUCGCGCUUUACAAUAGAGUUUAUUGGAGCGUGUGGAUUUGGCAUCGAUAUGGAUACAAUUUGUAAUGAAAAUUCUGCAUUCCUACAUCUAGGAAAAGUUGUUUUUCAAAGAACCGGAAAAGAUGUCAUCCUACUUGGUAUAAUGGAUUUAUUUCCACAGACAAGAAAAUAUAUACAACUCGCUGACGAUACGUUGUACAACUUGAUCGCUGAUAUAGUUCUAACUGCUUUUAAAUGGCGAAACUACAAGCCGUCGGGGCGUAAUGAUUUUAUCGAUGUUUUGUUACAUUUAUCUCAAGAAGGAAAGAUUACUGGAGAGUCUAUCGAGAAGCAAAAUCCUGAUGGAACACCAGCCACCAUAGAACUCACAUUAGAUGAUGAGCUGUUGGUUGCUCAAGUGUUUGUUUUUUACGCGGCAGGAUUUGAGACAUCAUCUUUUGCAACUAGUGUCACGCUGCAUAAACUAGCAUUUCAUCCUCAAAUACAAGCUAGAGCACAAGAAGAAAUUGAUGAAAUCCUUGAGAGUUAUGGUGGUAAAUUGUGCUUCGAAGCAGUCAGUAAGAUGACAUACUUAGAAAUGGUAUUCAAGGAAUCCAUGAGAAUGUUCUCAUCUUUCGGUUUCUUGCAAAGAGUCUGUUGCCAGAGAUACAACUUUCCUUCACUUGGCUUAACAAUAGAUCCCGGUGUAAUUGUCUUUAUCCCGUCACAAGCAAUACAAAUCGAUGGAAAAUAUUUCGAAAAUCCUAGCGAGUUCCGGCCUGAAAGAUUUUCUCCUGAAUCCACUUAUCACCAUAAAUAUUCUUAUAUGCCAUUCGGCGAAGGCCCAAGAGGAUGUAUUGGCGCUCGACUCGGUCAGAUGCAGUCUCUGGCGGGACUGGCUGCUAUUCUGCAGAAGUUCACAGUAGAGCCUUGUGACAAAACCCCCAUGGAACUACCUAUUAAUCCAUGGAGCAACAUUGUACAGGCAGUGAAAGGAGAAAUACCAUUGAAAUUAAAGCUUCGGAAGUGA